CACACACACACACACACACACACACACACACACACACACACACACACACACACACAGGGGGAUGGGUGUGGAGGAGGCAUUUAAAACAUAUGGGGACUUGAAAUAUUCAUGUGAACAAGCGUGGUUGUGUUUGUUUCUUUGUUGUACCAGAUGGAGCGGCUCAUUACCGCCACGCACUUCCCAGAACAACUGCAGUCGUUUGCGUUAAACCCAACACUUUAUCUUCAUAAUCAAUGUUUUUAACCUUCCUACUGGCGCUCGGGGUUUGAUGGGGAAAUAGAGAAUGGAAACAGCGGGGAGGAGAAAACUUAAUUCAUAGUUAUUUGGUUGCAUUCAAACUCUCAUUUAACUUAAAUAUCAAAUCCAUUGAGUUUAAACCUUGAAGUGACGACUCGUUGAGGAUUUAUUUGUAGCAAAUGCACAAAUUAUUCUAUUUUUUCUUCAAUUAAACUCACAAAAACAGUGUUAUCACUAUAAUAAUUACUCCACAACUAUAAAUACAAGCCCUGAAAUUCUGGUGUUGCUCAUGCUGAACAACUACAGUUUGUGUUGAACAUAGCUGGAACUGGUGAGACCCACGACAAACCAAUCAGAGUUACUUCCUUUACACUCAAACAGAAGGAGACGCUUCGACAGCAGCCAGAAACUGGAUGCUUUAACAGCUGAAACACAGCAACACUGCUUUCAGCAUCCAGAAGCUCGCUCAUCAUGAAGUGUCACUUGCUGAUUCUUUGGACUCUGGCAGUUUAUGUCAGCUGUCAGCUGUCUUCAGACAUGAGUAUAGAUGUGAUCGAGCUGGGAGAUGGGAUUAAGCUGAUUUGUAAAAGCACUGACGGCAGCAAUAAAAAAAUGUAUGUUACUGGAAAGGGUAUUACCGUUGAACAAGAUAACCUGACAUUACCUUACGAAGACAGCAACAGUGGAGAGUACGGGUGCAACGACAAACCAGGAAUUUAUGUGAAAUUUCGCACUGAUAUUCAGACACCCCAAAGAGAUUUACGAUACGCCGGGAAAAUAGUCGUCCUGCUGAAACGAAAGCCCUGCUGGAGGAUUUGAUCGGACCCCUGCUCCCUGACUCGGGGGGUUUUGUGUAGAGCUUCUUGCUGUACGUGAUGCUAAACAAUCUGAAAUGAUUUUCUCAUUUAUGAAGUCGUCAUGAUGCUCRUCGUGUUGCUGUUUUGUUAACAAAGUGUGUUAAAGGGCUGGUCAACUGUUUUAGUUUUAGAUCAGAUUUUCUCAUCAUUGUUUUCAUGUUUAAAUGAUCUUUCUGGAUUAAAACAGAUA